ACGGCGGGGCGAUGAGGCCCGUCCCGUCCCGUCCCGCAGCGCCAUGGCACCGCCCGCCGCGCGGCCCCGCCCGUUAGAGCCGUUGCGGCCGUUGCCGUGAGGCGCGGAGCGGGGCUCGGCGCCGCCAUGGCUCCCCGUCAGCCCGGGCUGCCCCGCGCCGUGCUCCGCUGGCUACAGAGCCUCGACCUCCCCGCCUGCCCCAGGCACUGCCACAGGGACUUCUCCAACGGGUACCUGGUGGCGGAGAUCCUGGCGCGCUACUUCCCCGCCGAGAUCCGGAGCCGCGCCUGCGGGACCGGCAGCUCGCUGCCCGCCAAGCUGAGCAACUGGGCCUGGCUGCGGCGGUUUUUUGCAAAACACAACCUCAGCGUGGCCCAGGAACUGAUAGAGGGAACAAUUCACUGCAAACCAGGAGCAGCAGAAAGGCUGGUGCAGGACAUCUACUCCAUGCUGACAAACAGACGUAUUAAAAGUCUUCAAAACAGUGAGAUUGAUUUUACAGACUACUGUUACCAGACACAGUUACCGAUGGUUGCCAGAUCAACAGCUUCCAAGGCUAUCAAGAACAACAUUAGGCUGACAGAAAUAAUGAUGGAACCCAGUGUUACCAUAAACAGACAGAAGGCUAAUGCCAUCAGUAAUAUGCACAUGAGAAUGAGAAUGCAAGAGAGGGAAGAGGAUCCACGACGGUUUAACAUUAAACGAAGUUUCAGACAGCGUACAGUUUACCAUCUUAAUUGCACAAUGUCCUCUACAAAUUUAGCUAGUAUUCCAAAGGAAAAAGCGUUUGCUCCAUCAUAUUGCCCAGGAAGUAGAGGCAAAACAGAUAUGCAUUCUGAAGAACCCCAAGAGAAACAAGCUGACAGAUCCUCUGUUACGAUGGUUAUUUAGCACCUUCCAGGAUACCACUGAAAGGAUUAACCAGAGAGAUGUGGAACUUUGAAACACAAGCCUCAUUCCAGUUACAGUUCUGUUGACUGAAUAAUCAACAAGAGAAAUCUAAGCUUACUGCCUGUAGGGAACAAUUCUAUUUUAAGCCAAAUAAAUUAAAAAACCUGGUUUAAU